GGUAGUUGCUUUUUUCCAUGCAUGAAAAAGAUAGAUUUAUGGGGAUCAAACUCAUCUUCAACCCAAACCACUUCCAAGAAGAAAAAAAAGGUGGGUUUUGUUAAAAAUAGAAAGGGCAAAACAGAUUGGAAAGCUUGCACGGCUUAGAUGCAUGUAAAACGUGUUACUCUUAAGUUCACCCUCCAUCCUUACUUCUCUCUGCCUCUAAAGACUGCCAGUUUGGAAAUUGAGUCAUUAGCCUGUGGCUCGAUUGAUAACAUGCUGCCAAGAAAAGCUUCGUGCCAAAUCUUAUGGGUGAGAUCUUAGCCAAACCAACUCAUUCAUCUUUGUCUCUCAAUGCCUUGUAGUCUGAUUAAUUUGAUCAAGACUAUACAUAUAUCCUCUUCAUUUCUUCAUAUAAAUCAAUCACUUUUCUUAUAAAUCAUUGAGUAACCAUGCAUGAUCCAAUUGGAAUUCCUGCUUGCUUUUCAUCCGGUACUCAAAGGCCGGUUGAUGAUCCAAAUCCAACCAGCGUGAUCAGGGCAGGACAGAGUGUGUUCAUGUCAGUGUACAGCACAAAGAUAGCUGGUCAGUGCCGUCUGAUCACCAUCACUUGGUGCAAGAACUUGUUGCUACAUGGCCUCUCUGUUUCUGUUCAAGGCCAAUAUGGAGACGAAGAUUAUCGGUGUAAGGUUGAGCUGAAGCCGUGGUACUUUUGGAGGAAGCAAGGCUCCAAGCAAUUUCUGGUGGAUGGCAGCACAGUUGAUGUGGUCUGGGACCUAAAAGCGGCAAAAUUCAACGGAGAAACCGAGCCGCGAUCGGACUAUUAUGUUGCUAUUGUGUGUGAAGAGGAGGUGGUGUUGCUUGUUGGUGAUCAAAAGAAAGAUGCAUACAGAAGAACAGGUUGCAGGCCAUCACUCAUAGAACCCAUCUUGGUUUCAAGGAAGGAACAUUUGUUUGGCAAGAAGAGAUACUCAACAAGAAUCAAGUUCCAUGAAAAGGAAAGCUUUCAUGAGAUUUUGAUUGAGUGCAACAACAUCUCUGCCACUGGGGCGGAUCCAGAACUGGAGAUAAAGAUAGAUGGGAGCAUAGCUCUCCAUGUCAAGCACCUCCAUUGGAAAUUCAGAGGUAAUGAGUGUGUUGAUAUAAACAAAACUAAAGUUGAAGUUUAUUGGGAUGUUCAUGAUUGGCUCUUCAGCUCUGGGCCAAGGCAUGGAAUGUUCAUUUUCAAGCCAAUAUCAUCUUCAUCACCAGAAACUGCGCAGUCAACCCAAGAACAAGAGUUGACUGAAAAGUCAAGUUGUGCAGCAGAAGAAGAGGAUGAGAAGGCAGGUGGGUCAUCUGUAUUUUCCUUAUUCGUUUAUGCUUGGAAGGUGGAAUGAUGAUUGUGUUCAAAGUGGUUCAUUAACACACGUUAUUGAAGUGAUUAAUUAGCAACAUUAUUGCAUUAAACAUGAGCAAAGGGAAUUAAGGGAAAGGGAUUAAUUAAGGCUCCACGUUCAUGCACAUUUUGGAUUUGGAGGGUAGACCCCUACUUCUACAGUGAGGUUCCACAUACGAACAGAUGGACCCAACUGGUUUGGGAUUUUGCUUGCUACAGCUGGAAUUGAAUAAUAUGGAACAUGAUUAGACAGGGCCAGAUUGGAUCACAUUUACAUGCCCAAUAAUCCCCCAAUCCCAAUCGCCCAAUUACCCAUUUUCGGUUUAUAAUUGCUCUAUGACGUAUAUGUGGAUCAUCUUUAUUUUUUAUUUUUAGUUUCCUUACUUUUUCUGUUUUUAUUAUUGUCGUCGAGUGUUUAAAGAAAACUCUUAGUAAUGUUGUAUAAAUAAAUGAGAGUCAAAUUCU